AUGCAGAAACAUUGCGACUUGGAACUUCGUCUUUUUCCUACUUCUUCUUAUGAUUCCGAAGCAGGCAGCUUUGGGAAGCCACAAGAAGCAAAGGAAGAGGAAUCUGAGAGAAGAAUGAUAACAAUUUUCUACAAUGGGAAAAUGUGUGUUUCUUCAGAUGUUACAGAUGUUCAAGCUAAAACGAUCAUAUCGAUGGCGAGCAGAGAAAUGGAAGAGAGAUCAUCAUCAUCUUCAGACGGGUCGGAUCCUCCAAACAAAUCGACCCGAGUUCUUCAUCAACAAAAGCUUCCAAAUCCAAAGGCUUCAAUGAAGAGAUCUCUUCAAAGUUUUCUUCAGAAAAGGAAAAUUCGAAUUCAAGCCACUUCACCUUACCAUAAAUAA